AUGCUCUCACGUGUUGCUGCAGUGAAGGCACCCCGCACACACAACCGUCGCCGCGUGACCGGAUCCAGCGGGAGGAGGAGGGAAGGAGGAGAGAGUGAGCCGCAGAGGCCCAACAUGUCCCGGCAUCUCUUCUACUCUGCGGUGCUCCUCCUCGUCGUGAUGGUGUGCUGCGGCAGUGGUGCUGCGGGAGUUGCGGGGGAGUCAUCUGGUCCUCAGUUUGAAUGGAGGGGCAUCAAUGAGAGUGAUGAUGUAACUGUGGAGUCGUUGGGUGCUCCCAGCCUUCUAAAAGUGGGGAAUGACGUGUUUGCCGUUGCCGAGGCGCAGUGCAAAAAGAACGGUGAAGGCGGUUUUACUGGCGUUGCAUCUCAACCUCUCACGAAAAAAACUGCUGACACACCGGAGGAAUUGUUUAGUGAUGCCUUAAAGAAGACACAAGUACUGGAGGAAGGUGCUUCCGAAGGUCAAAAGAAGAAAGUGGAUGUGAGCCGACCAACAACAGUUUUGAAGGGAAGUGAUAUUUACAUGCUUGUUGGACAGCACAGCAGUAAAGAUUGUCAGAACAGUGGUGCAGGUGGCUGUGAACUUUUGCUGGUGAAAGGGAGCGUCAGUGGUGGGGGUACAAAUAACAAGAAAAUUGACUGGAAAGAUACUGAAAAUCUCCCGCAAGGACUUUUUGGCACACAGCCCGAUUCCUGGACAAGGCUGAUUGGAAGCGGUGGAUCGGGUGUUAAGAUGAAGGAUGAGACUCUUGUGUUCCCUGUGGAAGGUACGAAGAAGGCGGAGGGCACUGAAGAGGGUGUGAAGACUGUCUCACUGAUCAUACAGUCGAAGGAAGCUACGGAUUGGACGCUGUCGAAGGGGAUGUCUGACGGUGGCUGCAGCGAUCCCUCCGUCGUGGAGUGGGAGGAGGGAAAACUCAUGAUGAUGACUGCGUGUGCUGGUGGCCCUCGCAGGGUGUACGAGUCCGCUGACAAGGGGGAGUCGUGGACGGAGGCCCUCGGGACACUCUCGCGCGUGUGGGGCAACAAAAGAAAGGACGGAAAAGCGAAGGCAGUUGGGAGCGGGUUCAUCACAGCGACUGUUGGGGAUGAUGGUGAUAAUAAAAAAGUGAUGCUCGUCACCCUGCCGGUGUAUGCUGAUAACGGCAACGAAAAGGGCAAACUCCAUCUUUGGCUGACGGACAAUACGCACAUUGUUGAUAUUGGGCCGGUAUCCGGUGAUGAUGACGAAGAGAUUACCGCCAGCUCCCUGUUGUACAACAGUGGUACAGGUGAAGAUGAUACUGAUGAUAAUGAGAAGUUGAUUGCACUGUACGAGAGGCAGAAGAAGGAAGGGAAACCAUCACCCGGUAUGGUCUCUGUGUUUCUGACAGAGCAGCUGAAGCGUGUGAAGGAUGUGCUGGCGACCUGGAAGGAGGUGGACGGCCGUGUCUCCCAGCUGUGCACCUCAUUAAGUACUGAGAAGGAGCGUGCCUCAACCGGCGAUGUCUGCAACGCUGAUAAGAUCACGGCUGGGCUGGUUGGCUUUUUGUCGGGCAAACUUUCUGGGAACACAUGGAGGGAUGAGUACCUCGGCGUGAACGCCACAGUAAAUAAUAAAGAAGGGGCAGCAGCGGCAACAGUGACCAGCACGGAAAAUGGUGUGAAGUUCACUGGGCGUGGUGCAGGGGCGGAGUGGCCUGUUGGCAAGCAGGGGGAGAAUCAGCUGUACCACUUUGCGAACUACAACUUCACCCUUGUGGCGACGGUGUUUAUCGACAAUGUGCCGCAGGAGGGAGACACCCCCAUUCCGUUGAUGGGUGCGAAGAUGAAUGGCAAUGAAAAUAAUGUACUUCUGGAGUUGUCAUACGACAGCGAAAGGAAGUGGCAUGUACUGUGCGGUGACAAAACCCCUAAGGAGCUCAGCAGCACGUGGGAGACAGGGACACCUCAGCAGCACGUGGUGGUUUUGUUGAAGAACGGCACCCAGGGCUCCGUGUACGUCGAUGGUCAGCGAGUGGGGAAUGAAGAAUGUGCAUUGGGCAAUGGUGAGUCGAAAGAGAUCUCCCACUUCUACAUUGGAGGGGAUGGAGAAAACGCAGCCAACAAAGAAGUGUCUGUGACUGUGACGAACGUCCUGCUGUACAACCGCCCGUGGGAUGAAGCGGAGAUUACUGCGCUUAACCCGAAUAAAGACCCCACUCCUCCGGUGACCCCGAAUGCUCAGGAAGCUGGAACUUCGUCUGCUCUUGACGGAGAACAUCUGACGGAACGGAGACAGUCGUUGGGGAGCAGUAAAGGUGCGGGCAGUGGCGCGGGCAGUGGCGGUGCAUCACCAUCAGCGGUGCCCACUGUCAGUACUCCUUCAGCAGGAAAGGACUCCUUACAGCAGGUGGCGUCAGGAAAAUCUUCCGAUGGAACUCAAACUGUGGAUGGCGGUUCUUUUUCUGAUGGCGACCCAACGGUGGAGACAAGAGGAGGAACGUAUGGGCAGGAGGAGGAGAUCCACGCACAGAACGGGGACGUAAAGGCUGCGGCCCUCAGCAGCAGUCUCGGAAAUGUGUCGCAGGGGAAUAACACCGAUGCCGGCACCAAACGUGAGAGCGGACUGCUGCCACUUCUUCUGCUGUUGGGACUGUGGGGGUUGACGGCUCUGUGA